CUCCUCUUCCUCCAGGCUGUGCAGCUCAUCCUCUCACUGAUGAGACACAGACUCACUUGUCUCCUCCUGCAGCUGCAGGUCUCUGUGUUUUGUCUCCGUCCGCUGGUUCGAUCUCUCAGCUGCAGGUUUGCCACAGACCCGCAGACAGAGGCAGGUGCUUCUGGAGUCAUUUGUCUGAAAGGGUUACAGAGAGGGAGGGGGGAAGGAAGCUGCAGGCACUUCCGGUCGAGUGAAUGAGCAGAUCACAUCCCCGGUGAAGAAGAAGGAGGAGAGGAGGAGGAGGAGGAAGAAGAAGUUGAGCUGUAUCGAUGCUUCGUGCAGGCAGGAUGGAGGAGUUUGUGACGGAGGAAGAGGAGCCGUGGUACGACCAGAGGGACCUGGAGCAAGAUCUGCACUUGGCAGCAGAGCUCGGCAAGACUCUCCUGGAACGCAACAAGGAGCUGGAGGACUCCCUCCAACAGAUGUACAUCAACAAUGAGGAGCAAGUGCAAGAGAUAGAGUACUUGGCCAAGCAGCUGGAAAUGUUGCGGGAGAUGAACGAGCAGCACGCGAAGGUGUACGAGCAGCUGGACGUGACUGCCAGAGAGCUGGAGAUCACCAACGAGAAGCUGGUGCUGGAGAGCAAGGCCUCGCAGCAGAAAAUCGACAGGAUGACGGGCACCGUGGAGACCUUGCAGGGUCAGGUGGACAGUCUGACAGCUCGGGUGGAGGAGCUGCGGACUCUGGAGGAGCUGAGGGUCCACAGAGAGAAGAAGGAACGACGCAAGACGGUGCACUCCUUCCCCUGCCUCAAAGAGCUGUGCACCGCACCAAGGUAUGAGGAUGGCUUCCUGUUGGCCAACCCGGGCAGCGUAGACCUGGCUGAGAGGCAGCCGGCGGAUGAGGAGAACGAGCGCCUGAGGGACAUAGUCUCGUCACUGCGCUCAGCCAUGUCUACGGAGCGGUCCAAGAGGGAGGGCGUGGAGCGGGAGUGCACCACCGUGCUGCAGGAGUUUGAACGGCUGGAACAGCGUCUCUUAGGAGCAGAGGGCUGCCAACUGAGGGUCCGGGAGCUCGAGGCUGAGCUCCAGGAAAUGCAGCAGCUGAGGAAGUCCAGGAUGUGUCUGAUGGGGGGCAUGGAAGAUGGACUUGAGACGCUGCUCAGCAACGGUCCUGAGACAGACACCCCAGAAGUGUGCACGGGGCUGGAGGAGGGCGGCGAAGGAGGCUCUGGAGAGGCGGGAGGCACGGGGCAGCAGGGAGGCCCAGUGAGGAAAAGUUGCAGCGACACAGCCCUGAACGCAAUCUCAGCUCGAGAUGCUUCGGGCAGACGCCAGGGCAGCUACGCCAUGCAUGCCAACGGCGUGCGCAAACGAGGCAUGUCCAUCCUGAGGGAGGUGGACGAGCAGUACCACGCCCUGCUGGAGAAGUAUGAGGAGCUGCUGGGGAAGUGCCGGCGCCACGAGGAGAGCCUGUGCCAUGCUGGGGUGCAGACCUCGCGGCCCGUCUCCAGGGACCCCUCCAUGAAGGAGUACAGCAUGAUCUCUGCAGGGCCCUCCACAUCUGGGGCUGUCGCUGCGCCUCCAACGCCCCCGCAAACCCCCUCCACCCCAGAGGCCCUGGAGGGGAUCAGCAGGCAGGUGGAGCAGGUGGACAAACGGCUCAGCCAGAACACGCCAGAGUACAAGGCGCUGUUCAAGGAGAUCUUCUCCCGCCUGCAGAAGACCAAGAGCGACAUGCGCUCCAGCAAGAGCAGAAAGACUCACAAAUGAGCUGGAGACGAUUCCGCCGGCCACAUGGACUGAGAACACUGGUUUAUUUUACCUCACUAUUUUGAGGGCUUCUUGUCUAACGUUUGCCUGUGACCUUGAGGGUGGAUGAUGAAUAUUACAGUUGACAGGCGAAGCCUCCAGUUGUUCUCUGGGAGCGAAGCUUGGCUGAUUAACCUGAAGCUGCCAAAUUUUACAAAUCACUACACGGAUGAAAAGAUUGUGUCAAUGAGGAUGAAAUGCCUUUUUCUCUGAGCGACUUCAGAUAAUCAGAACGAAAGGUCUUUCUUCUGUUUAAGGACAAUCUAGUAUGUGAUGUAUUAUUUGUAACUGAGAUGUACUGAUGCAGAAAUGAUUUAACUAUUGCCAUUUAUUAUUUAUGGAAUAUAAUGACGCCAAAUAAUUUAAAAAAACUGGGGGAAAAAUGCCUUUGGCUUUGAUAUUACUUACAAUAUUUGAAGCAUGCUUCUGUCUAAUAAACACUAAGUGCUAGAUUGGUCUUUAAAAGCAGGUAAAAGUAAAGAUGUGAUGUUAAAAGUGUCUGUGUGUACGUGCUGAGUGGUUUGUUGUGGGUGGAGAUGCCUCUGCAGGAUUUUUACAGCCUGCACGGGACCAAUGAUCAGUUUGAUUCAGGGAUUUGUUUGAUCACUUUAUAAAAUGACAAACUAAUCAGUUUUACACGAUGGCUAUUUAAAUAUGUAAUCAUUUACAUACAGUCAUUGCUUCUACACUGGUGUUGCGUCAUCAGAGUUGUCGUCUGUUGAAAUAAUUUCUGUUAAUUAAAAAAAAAAAAA